CAUAACUUAAAUACUGGCAAAAAUGUUUCAUGUUAAAUUUUAUGUAUACACCCUCUGCAAGUUUACCAAAUGACAUAAUUUAUGACCGGUAUGUAUGUAAAUAAAAGAAAUUCAUGCCGCCAUUGUUAAUUUACUCAGCUGUCGUUUAGAACACAUUCAUUACAAUGUAAGUGCCUAUAUUGCAUUGUUAUAACGCUAAAACUUAGGUAUUUAAAAAUGUUGACACUCAACCUCCUGAUGUGGAAGUGAAACUUGAAAAACAAUCAUUAUUGUAGUUACUUGUUUAGACAAAUGGGUUGUGUGAUUCUUAACCAAUUAAAAGUUAAAGACUACAGAGUGCGUAGGUGCCUACUACACGCCAUCCAAAUGCAGUAUCCGAAUGCAUUCCGCUUAGGAACGUCAGGUACUGCAAAGUAUAAUGUCCCAAAGGACGUUAUAAUAAAUAUAUUUCUGGUUUAUUUCAUUAUGAAAAACUGAUAUCUAAAUAGCAAACGUCAAGCUGAGUGGCCUUAGACCACACAAACAAAACAAAAAAAUAACUUCAUACGUCUUCAGUUAUAAUAACUACCAACAAUAAUUCCGUGAACACAAUAUCAUGACAUGAUUAUUAAAUAUACAUUAUUAUUACAUUGAAUUGAAUUUUUAUUAUAUUGAACACAAAAUGGGCAACAAAGCAUAACGUAACAUUUAUUAUUUAUUAUUGAAUACCAUUUUAUUAAAACGCGCAAUUACUCUUUACGUAUAUUUAUUCAGUCUGCGAUUUACAAAAGUAAGUAAGUAUGAAAAACAGUUGAACACUACAUUCAGGGGCAUUGAUGUAGUUUCAUCCGCCUGUAGUCAUCCAAAAUAUUGUCUCUCAAUAUGUGGAAAUUCGUUUCUGUCUUUCUUUUGCUGGAGCUAUGGAGGACGGCGGAAGGCGCAGUCGCCAUACUCCCACCACAAGCAAAACCUGCUAAAUACGCCGAUUUGAAAGGAUGUUACAUUCCUGACUUUGAUUUAGUUUUACCUUAUGAUACACCGUACUCACCGCGAAAUGGUAUUGAGUGCACGCAAUAUACCUGCAAAACAAAUGGAUAUACGAACAUCUUUUCUUGCGGCGCCAUAGGUGUAGGCGAAGGCUGUACUAAGGUUCCUGGUGACAAAACAUUAGCUUACCCCGACUGCUGUGACUCAAUAAAAUGCGACGAGACAUCUCUUGUCGAAAGUAUACCAGAAGACAACACACCAGAAGAUAAUACAACCGAGGAAUGCACAAAUGAGGACAGUGCACCGGAAAAUAUAUCACCUGAAAAUUCCCCUGUUGAAAGUACACCCGUGGAAAGUGCGCCUGUAGAAACUUCACCGGUGGAAACUUCACCGGUGGAGACGCCACCAGUAGAACCUUCACCGGUUGAAAAUAAAGCCGUUGAAACUACACCUGAUGAAAAUAAAAUCACUAAAGGGCCAAUCAGAAAGUUGCCACCAAUUAAAAUACCUCUCAAAGACCCUUGUGCACCCAUUAGACGUAAAUGUCCACGAGGUCUCAUCUGUAUCGACGAUCCUGUCGCCUCUGUAUGUUGAAUACAAUUACAACUGCAACAAAUAAAUUCAUAUCUAAAUUUUCUUUUAUCGUAGUCAAUAAUUACAAUUACAAUUUCUUUGCAAUAAUAGCAACAAAUUAUUAUAAUUUGUCCGGCAAAAUCAGGAAAAAAUAACCAUCGUCUUUUGCGAUAUAACUUUAACAAAAUGUUGAAGAUUGGAUUAUUACUAUACUUUAUCAAUUUCUUUAAAAUAUCUGACGCCGCACUGGGAAUCAUAAUGCCUGCAGCUAAGCCAUUGAAGUUUUCAUCACAACCAGGUUGCUAUUUGGCAGAAUAUGACAUAGUCAUGGGUUUUGGAGAAUCAUUCUACCCUACUGAUUAUUUGCGUUGCAUGCAGUACACUUGUAACAUGGAUGGUUAUAUAAACGUAGCUACCUGUGGUGAGCUAAUGGAAGGAAAUUGUGUCCGUGUAAAAGGUAACACGGGACUGCGGUACCCAAAAUGUUGUGAUAAAAUAAAAUGCAGUAAGACCAAAGUAAAGCAAAGUGAAAAUAACACUAAGGAAUAUCCAUCCGUCGAUAACAUCAUGGGUGUAAAAUAUCCCCUGGUCGAAAAUGCGCUUGUCGACAAUAAUUCUACAGCUGAAAAUCCCGUUGAAGCUAUAGAUAAGAAAAUACCAAUGGGCAAAAAUGCAUCUAAUGACAGUUCUGCUAUUGAAAAUACGGUCAAACCUCCUUCAGAAGAAAACAGGCCUGCAGAAAAUGUAUCUAACGAUAAUUCUAACGCUGAAAAUUCUUCUAGUAAAAAUGUAACUACUAAUAGUUCUUCCAGCGAAAGUCCUAAGCCAACUGAGACAGUUGCAAAAAACUCAAAAAUAGAAAAGGAAUUAGAAUAGUCAAAAACAACCACUGAAAGUGGUACAGCGAACGAGGCACUCGCUAAAGACGAAGUGACUAAAAUAAAAAAAUAAACGACGACACAACAAAACAGUAUCAUAAUAGCUAAUAUUUUUGUUGGUGUUAGGUUGUGAUUUCAUACCCUUAUUUCUCUUCUCUCUAUCUUUUUGUAGAUUAUAAGUAAUUGUUCAUAAUUUGAAUUUGUUUUUGACUAUCAAA